GAUCAAUCGAAUGAGGGUCAAGCCUGAAGACUGAAGUCUUUUGUGGAUUUUACUACUUUCAAACUUUUCGGAACGCAAGCAAAGUGUACAGAUGUGAUCGUUUUCACAAUUUUCAAGGAUUUUUGUAGAAUCGGGAUAUUAGAGCCGCAAAUAUGUCCAUGGGACAGGCGAGCGAAGAUCGCCAGCGGCUUAUUCAACUUAUAAAACAGUGGAAUGUGGACCAUUACGACAUUUUCGAACUAAGUCCACCAAAUGAGGAUAACGAGUUCCAUGGAGUAGUGAGGUUUUUCUUUCAAGGAGGUGGUGCCAAUGUUGUAACAAAAUGUAUUCGUGUGGCAAGCGAUGCAACAACGGCCGAAGUGAUCGAAGUCCUCGUAGAAAAAUUUCGUCCCGAUAUGCGCAUGUUGACACAAGGCAAAUAUGCUCUGUAUGAAGUGCAUGUUAAUGGUGAGGAGCGUAAGCUGGAGCUGGAUGAGAAGCCGCUGUGGGUACAGCUGAACUGGGGGCUGGACGUACGCGAAGGACGCUUCCUCCUCAAGAGAGAAGACGAGAAAACGGCUAAAGGAGCCACUGGUGACUGGAACGUUGCAGACAAGGCUCAGGAAAGCCAGCCUGGAUUCAAGCGGAAACUUUCGAAGAGAGAGAAGAAGGAAAAGAAGAAACGCGAGAAGGAUAAAAACAAGGAGAAUGUGGAGAAGGGUGGCGACAGUGUUGCAGAGAAGCUGUACAACGACCUGCCGGAGACGAGCUUCACGCGCAGUAUCUCCAACCCUGAGGCCGUCAUGAGGCGCCGGCGACAGCAGAAACUCGAUAAGAAACUCGAGCAGAUGAGAGGGCAGGAGGGAAACCAGGAAUCAGGUGGAACUCUGAAGAUCUAUGGCGAGUCAGUGCGUCCGGACAUCCCAUACAAAACUCUGCUGUUGUCAACGUCCGACACCACAGAGAUGGUCGUCAGGGAGGCCAUGGAGAAGUACGGACUGGACAAGGAGGAUCCAGAGAAAUACUGCUUGGUGCAGGUGGUGGUGCCCCCAGGUGGACUGGAGUAUCAUGGUGGACAGAUGGGGGAGGAGAGAAUUAUGGCCGACGAUGAGUGUCCACUGCUGGUCAUCAUGCAACACCCCAAAAACAGAGGACACAUCAUCUUCCAGUUGCGACAUCGUCCAAAUAACUACCAGCAACCGACCAAGAAACGGCAGCGAGCAGUGUCACAUGACGACAUCCGGUUUGCGCACGAACCCAAACACGUCAACCUCGACCAGCUACCCUACUUGAUAGAACUCAACUCACGAGUUGCUAAGCCACGGCGCCAUGUUUUACCAAUUAAUGUCACUGAAGUUGGCAGUGAAAGAUCACUGUCUACAAGUGGCCAAUAUUUACAGUUAUAUGGUGGUGAUGUUAUGCCAAGACACUGUGUGAUAGCACACACGGAAGGGAUUGUGACUGUCACACCAACGAGCCGUGAAGCCGAGACGUACGUUGAUCGACAGCGCAUUUACGAAACAACGAUGUUAAAACACGGAAUGACAGUGCAGUUUGGAAAAUCUUACGCUUACAGAUUCUGUGAUCCACGAUUCGAAGACCCUUCACAUCGUUUCAUACCUCCAGACGUUUCCAUGCAUAAGCCUGCUUCCAUUCCCCACGAGACGAACUUUGACCUGGAUGGUCACAUAGAGACCAUAGGACAGGAACCGACCCGAGGAGCCCCUCCCAUGGACAAAAAGAGGGUUUCCAUGGAUCUUAGUAAGAGUUCUGAGCCCCAGCAGUCAGACGUGGAUCUGCUACCAGCCAGUUUGGAGUUCAGAAACAAUGAAGAGUCUCCACUGCUGCCGUCUGUGAUCCUCAACGUGAACAGCCGUGCGGUGCAGUUCAAGCUGGCACCCACCUACUCGCUGUACAUGGGCAUGCGCCACUGUCUGGUGCAGGCCAAACACCCAGAGUUGUCUGCCCAGCACCGAGCCCAGCGAGCUGGAGACUUCAUCAGCAGGAUGUCCAAGAUGGUGCAGCAAGCCAUUCAGGAGAAUCACAACGACCCGACGACGCUGGCAUUUUGGAUGGCGAACUCCUCUGAAGUGCUGCACUUCAUCAAGCAGGACCGCGAUCUGCAGAGCGUCAGUAUGGAGUGGCAGGAAGUGCUGGCUGAGGCCGUGCAGAUGGCCUUCCAGCACCUGGUGCGCUGUCUGCAGGUCGACCUGCACCGCGUGAUGCCUGCCUUCCUCGACCCCAGUGACGCUGAGGAGGACGACGACAGGAGAGAUAUGCACCAACAGCAGUACAACCAGAGCAAGCCCAUCCUGGCCGAUGUGCUGAACACACUGUCAGCUGCCAUGACGUUGUUACGACGUUGCCGUGUGAACGCUGCACUGACUAUCCAGCUGUUUUCCCAGCUGUUUCACUUCAUCAACAUGUGGCUGUUCAACAUCCUGGUCACCGAGCCACAGCUCCAGCUGUGUACAAGGGCAUGGGGGAUUCGACUCAAGCGCCGACUAGGUCGAAUCGAGGCCUGGGCCGAGAAACAGGGGCUCGAACUGGCCGCAGAUUGCCACUUGUGUCGCAUAAUACAGGCUGCACAUUUCCUCCAAGCAUCAAAGAGCACCGCUGACGACAUCACCAACAUCAGCUCCACCUGCUUCAAGCUGAACUCGAUGCAGUUCCGAGUUCUCCUGAUGCGCUACAUCCCCGAGCCGUCUGAGCCACUGAUGUCGCCGGUGUUCAUCGACCGCAUUGUGUCCAUCGCAGAGAACAUGGCCGACGAGCUGACACGGACGGACGGACGGGAGGUCAGGCUGGAGGAGGACCAGGACCUACACCUCCCCUUCCUGCUGCCAGAGGAUGGGUACUCCUGUGAUACGAUCCGCGGCAUUCCUAACGGACUGCCAGACUUCCUCAAGCCACUGCAGAACCAAGGGCUUUGUUACCUAAUUCCAAAUAACGCAUCUAAUGGAAGUUGGACAGUUUAUAUGGGAGAGGGAAAACCACUGGAGAGACAGCUACCCAAGGACCCGAUGCCGAAUGGGCUGCAGUCCUCCCCCACCCAGCCCAUACCACAGGAGCAGAAAUCCCCUGAAGUAAUGACCGUCAUAUUCAAGAAGGUCAAAGGAAGUAUGGGGCUCAGUAUUGUCGCUGCCAGGGGUGAGGGUCAGAGAGAGCGUGGAAUCUACAUCAAGUCGGUGGUGCCAGGUGGAGCUGCUGCCCUGGAUGGUCGUCUUCAGGCUGGAGACCAGCUCCUUGAGGUUGACGGGAUGAGUCUUGUUGGGCUCACACAGGACAAAGCGGCCGAGCUGAUGACGCGAACGGGCCUGACUGUGACACUGAAGGUUGCCAAACAGGGAGCUAUAUUCCAUGGACUGGCAACACUUCUGAGUCAACCCUCACCAACCAUGCAGAGAGCUGGAGGCACACCUCAGAAAGGUCCUGGAUCGAGUCCAGUUCCACAGAUGAACAACAACAACCUGCGAAACAAGCCGCAUCUCGAGGACGGACCGCCUCCCUACAACGAUGUCCCGCAGGACAUGCAGGACCAGGGCCCCGGACCUCACCGGAUGGUUAAUGAGGGUCCUCGCAAACAGCCCAGUCCGAAGAUUCAGGGUCCUCUACUGAGUGCUGGCCAAAGUCCUCAACAAGGUCCUCCACCGGGCCGGGGCCAGCAAGAACAUCCUCAUGUUGAUGACCGAUUGCGUUACGCAAUGGGAGCCACUGAAACCCAGGGUCAUCCCAACCCUCACCGGCCUCACGACCCCAACCCUCACCGGCCUCACGAUCCCAACCUUCACCGGCCUCACGACCCCAAUCUUCACCACAGAGAUAUGCAGGACAAAGAUCCGCGGUCCAAGUCUACGUCCAACCUUCACUCCGAGCCACAGUUUGAGCAGCAUGAUCCUCGCAUGAUGAAACCGGCAGCAUCAGUAGCCGCGCUCGGCCCCGGCAGUCAUGGAGGAUACGCUCAAGGCCCGCGACGGGAGGAGUACUCCCCAUACACUCAGAAAGUAAACGACUACGAAAACCAGCCCAAUAUGAACACGUACCCCAACGCGACCAGAGCCGACAAGCCGGGUCCGGGAUUCCAGGACAUCAAUCAGAACAUGGUGGAGGCUCCUCCUGGCAUGAAGCCGGGUCACUACCACAGUCAGCCUCAUCUUCAUCCCAAUCAGCCGCCACCUAACGACAGGUCGUCCAUGUCUUCGAAGGCCUCGAACACGAGCAGCCGAGAGAACCGACCGCAGUCUGCGUAUUAUGACCCGCACUGGAACCGAGACGAGUUCGGUGGAAUGAGGCCUAAGUCAGACGAGAUCACGCCGAACCGAAUCCGAGAGUGGCAGGAGAAGCUGGAGGAUCCUCGCAGUGCUCAUUUCCGUGGCAACCAGAUGCAGGAUCCUCAACAGAUACACUCUCCCAGCUCCCCCAAUUCCUCACACUACCAGACUGGGCCUCCAAUGUCGCCUGGUUAUCAACAGGGAGGCCCUGUGAGGCCCCCAAAUGAAGACAUUCCUAAAGUGACUCUGAACAAUACCUCGCGGCAGCCAAACUUCUACGAGAACACAAUGCCUGUCCAGAAGGAACCUCAGCCACCAUUCCACCAACUUCACAGACCAGAGGAGAGGCCACGGCCCGCUGUAGCUCCCAAGCCCAAACCUUUCGUAGCUCCGAAGCCUUCUCAGCAGCGAGUUCAGCAUGCCGAUGUACCGUUCAGCAGUAUGGAUAAUCGGCAGACCCAGCCACAGUUCUUCGAUUCCAAGCCAGCAGCCAAAACUCAGCCGCAAUCUCCGAACCUGUAUCACCCACAGGCCACCAAGCAGCCAGCGUACCAGCAGAUUAACAAACCCCCAGACAAGAGGCCUGCAUUUGUCCAACCGAAAAAAUACUCUCCUGAUAGACAUUCGGCCUCUUACGGAUACAGGAACCCAAAUGAGAUGCAGUCCCCUUUAUCAAACGACACCCCUCCCGAUCUGCCUCCGCCGCCAUCACCUGAAGAUAUUCAUGACAACUCCCCACCCCUUCCGCCUCCCCCGAGUCAGGAUUACACCAUCGAGCAGCAGCUCCAGGAUGAACAGAGGCGACUGAUGAAUCAGCUGGGCGGUCAGCUCGACCGGACUCAAAACAACCAGUAUGGUUCUUCCAUGGACUCGAGAUACCCCGAGUACAACCCCCAACAGACAGGGCAGUUCCAGGAGCGUCCUCCCGAACCCAGGGUCAGUUUGUUCAAUGGGCCGGCAUCGCAGCAGAGCAACGUCCAUCCCAACUAUCAAAAUAUCAGCUUCCCUGGAGCAGAAUCGCAGCAGCCCCCUCCCGUUCCACAGCCCCCAGCUGAGCAUAAUCUGUACGAAAGUUACGAACCCCGGCGGUCAGAAUCGAACUUCCAUCCGCCGGAACCCCAUCCCAGUGCUAUGCACUUGACCGUGCAUGAAAAGGAGUACACGAUAGCUGCGUCUCCGUGGGACCGUGAGGAGAGGGAAAAGGUUGAGGCUCAGAAAGAGGAAGAACUGGCCAGGUUGAGAGAGGCGGAGAUUGCCGAGCUGGAAUCAAAAACCUACCUGAAUCCCCAGGAACAAGAUCGACUACGCAAGCUGCGGCUAGAGCACGAGUUCCAGAAGCGAGUCCGAGAAACGAGUGAUCGAGAUGAUGACGAUGAUUCAGACAGUGAGGCAGCCGAGAGGCUUUACUCCCGAGACCGCAUGAUACAAGUCAUGAAGGAGGAUCUAGAAAAAUCAAAGGCCAGGAUGAUGGACCUGGAAAGAAAACGAUUGGUAGAAGAAUUCGAAGCCGAAAAAGAUCGAUUAAUAAGACUAGAACAGCGGUUGCAGCAGUUUGAAAAAGAUCGGGAAGAGCAUAAAAAAAGAAUAUUGAUGCGUCAGGAAAUGAAGCAAAAAGAAAAUGAAGAAUAUCUAAGGAAACAGCGGGAAAUGCGUGAAAAUCAACGGCUAAAGUUUGAAGAGCGGAAGAGAUUACUGAUGAUGGAGGAGGAGAAAAUGAAGCAAAGAAGAGAAGAAGAAUUAGCAAAGAAAAGACAAAUGGAGCGAGAGCAACGUCAGGAAAUGCAGGCCGCACGUGAUGCCGAGGAAGCUGCCCUGCGAGCUCAGAUACGCAAACAGGAGGAGGAGGCAUCACGGCAACGGAUGAUGCAGCAGCGACAGGAGCGUCUGGACCAGCAGCGGGAGAUCCGCGUAGCAGACGAGCGGCGGCGCCUCAACUCGGCCAACCAGAACCCACCUGGAGGCUACGGCAACUACCAGCAGUACGCCAACCUCCCUCCUCAACAGCAGCAGCAGGGGGCUGGCGACAACCUGCGACCCCCGGCACCCCCAGAGAGGAACAGUUCUUACGAGUUCACCAACCGCGGCCCCAAGGGUCACCAGUACCCGGGGGUGGAGUACCAGGAUGAGCCCCAGGCCGCUCCCAAGAAGUCGGUGUCCUUCAACACCCGACUGGAGACGCGCAACAUCUACAGUGUGCGCAGCAUGAGCGAGUCCGACCCCGAUUCACAACCGGGGUCAGUAUCGUCAUAUAGGACUUCCCAGUCGGACGCCCUCCCAGGCUCGCCUCUCUCCGGUCACCAGCCUCAAAUGAACGAGGUUUUCCACUCACCUCCUGAAAAUCAAAACAUGGCCAAUAAUGUGAAAUAUGUGGCAGCAGAGACAACUCCCGGUGUGGUCGGGACUCAGGAGGUGUACCGUGAUCCCAGGGCGAGGAUCGCGGCUGAGAAAGCAGCAAACUCUAUAAGGAAACCCGGACCCGAGAGGAUGUCAUUCAGGGACAAAAUGAAAUAUUUCGCGGUGGAAGCUGGGGAGAACACGAUUAAGUUAAAGCCUAAAGUAUCAAAAACACAGCGUCAGAUAGAAUCUCAGUUACAUACGGAGAACGGCCAAUAGUUAUUGGUGGUUAUUUUGUUACUUGUGACAAUGCAAGCUGUUCUCCGUUUGGUAUUCCAUUUACACCAGGAGAAUGGCCAAUAGCUAUUGGUGGUUAUUUUGUUAUGUGUGACAAUGCAAGCUGGACACUGAUUGGUAUCCCAGGUACACCAGGAGAAUGGCCAAUAGCUAUUGGUUGUAUUGUUAUUUAUUACUAAUGCAAACUGGUCUCCGAUUGGUGUAUCAAACACUGGAAAUGUGUUUUGAGUACAGCAGUUUGAUUGGUUUGGCAGUAUGGGCAAUGAACAUGCUUCAAAGUAUGUACCACCCAGUGCUGUACUAACAUGCCAAGGCUGGAAACGUAGCAAGCUGCAACCAUGUACUUAACUCAUUCUCAUCCCAGAUACCAAUAUAUCCUUGAACCAGCUGCUCCAAAUAUUUAUUCACUUCUCCUUAUCAUACAGGCAUUACUACCAUAUCGUGUUACACAACCGUGGCAUAUCUGCUGCUUCCGCGUGGCUCCUAUAUCUAUAUGCAAAUAUUAUCCCUGGAGGUUUCCAGCUUGUACCAAAUAUCAAGUAUAAUAGAAGAAAAAAACUGUGUAUGUUGAUGAUGACUUUGGUGUCUCUGUUUAUAAUGGUGUGUGAUAUAAGCUGCACUUCAGGUGGAGCAUUUGUCAAGAUUAGGAGAAAAGGAGGUGCAUUGUGUAUUACAAAUGUGUAUAACUUGUUGAGGAUUUUAUGUGUUGAAGCUUGCCAUUGGCUACUGAAGGACGAGUAGCUGUCAAUCAUUCCCAAGGUUAGAGAGUGAAAAAUAUGCAUAGUACCUUGAGCAACUAUUUCAGCCUGUGUUGUUACACUGUGUUGAUGAGUUAACUUUUGACUCUGUUAUAUGUAUGUAGUUUUUACGUUACUCGGCUAGUAUUUUUAUUAUUUUUAUCAACUUUUAUAACACCCAAAUUUUUAUUGUGCUAUCGUAUAUAUUUUACAAAAUAAUUUUAGCAUGUAGGCAGUGAUCAUACAAUGUCUGGUUUUAGUUUCACCAAGUUCGGAACAUCUCUUUUGCCAAAUACUUGUUUAACAAAACAUUGCAUUUAUUUAUAGCUGUUUUUAAUUUGCUUAGUUUAGCUUGGUAGGUUACAUUAGCUAUGGUGUACAUAUUCAAAUUAGUAUUUAAACAUGAUUAGACACAGAGUGCAUUUUACCACACUUGAACUACCAUCUAAAUUUUAACACAAAUGUUCCUUUUUAACUAGGAUUCUAAAAUCUGUUUUAUUUCAAAAGUAACUUGAUGAUUAAAAAUGUUCAAGUAUUUACAGGCCCGUAGCAACCAGGGAAGGUGUUGGUGGGGAGGCCAGUACCCUUCCUACUCUAGGAUGAAAAUGUAAAAAUAAUUUAUCCUAAACUAUAUAAAUGAAGGUACAAAUCUGGCUUAUGACUCCCAACUACAGAUUGUGCCACCACCCCUCCCCCCAACUACAGAUUGUGCCACCACCCUCCCCCAACUACAGAUUGUGCCACCACCCCUCCCCCAACUACAGAUUGUGCCACCACCCCUCCCCAACUACAUAUUGUGCCACCACCCCUCCCCCCAACUACAGAUCGUGCCACCACCCUCCCCCCAACUCCAAAUAACAUGCCUACUAGGCUGAUUUAGUGUGUUAUUUAGAUGUCAUCUAAAAUGAACUGAAAAUAUUAACAUAGAUUUGGUAGAUACUUACUACUUUAAUAUGGUAUCUAUUUUAUGCCAGAAGUUAAUGAAGUUCAGUUCAAGCUCUUGGUUUUAUAGAUUUUUCCUUUUUUAAAACUACAUUCUUUCAGUAAGUUUUACAUUUAUUUAUUAAAACGGGCUACACUGAUGUUUUUUUAAGAUAUUUUUAUGGUUUUGAUUAAGCUGAAGAAUGGAUACUAGGAUGUCCCUUGUUGACCUAUAUUUGCAGUUAAUAUGCUUCAGUAUUUAGUGCUAGUUCAAGCUGUGGCUUGAGGCAGCAUAUUCUAGUAUUAAACAACUAUCUGGCAAAAUAUCUGUUCCGAAACAUUCCUAAUCAUACAUUUUAUUUUUAUUUUACCGUUCUUGUCUGUGCUGUUAAGGACAUGUCAGGUUAAGGUUGUGAUUGUUAGUCUGUGAGAUGCUAUUUGGAGGUGGAGCAUGGUUUUGAUAGUCUUCAAGAUGCUAUUUGGAGCUGGUACAACUAGACUAUGCCUGAAUUAAGCAUCCUUCCAUCAGAGAAUCUCUUCGGGUGUAUUUGCAGGAAUUUAUUCAAGGAGUGGUGAAACCCUUCCACUGCACACAAACUUGUACUUGCUGGUUGAACAAAGUUAUAUUAGGGUGUAUGUGGAACUAGACUGCGUAUAUGAAGCAUCCUUCCAUUAAGUUUCUAGCUGGUAAAAAUGAGGUAAUGUUAGGCUGCAAGUGAAACUAAACUGCGUCUCUGUGAAACAUUCCUCCAUUAAGCUUCUAGCAGAUAAAAAAAACCCUCGAAGCUGCAAGUGGAACUAGAUUGUAUAUGUAUGAAGCAUCCCCCUGGCUUCUUGCAGGUAGAACAGAGGUUAUGUUGAGCAGCAAGUGGAACUCGACAGUGCCUAUAUGAAACAUCCCUCCAUUAACCUUCUUGCAGGUAAAAUGAGGUUAUGUAAGGCUGCAAGUGGUACCAGCCUGUGCCUAUAUGAAAUUUUUUGAAAUAUACCUCCAUUAUUAACCUUGUGGGUAAAAAUGAGGUUAUGUUAGGUUGCGAGUGGAACUCGACUGUGCCUAUAUGAAAUAUCCCUCCAUAAUUAUUAACCUUGUUGUAGAUAAAAAAUGAGCUUAUGUUAGGCUGCAAGUGGAACCAGCCUGUGCCUAUAUGAAACAUCCCUCCAUUAAGCUUCUUGCAGGUGAAACAAGGUUAUGUUAGGCUGCAAGUGGAACUGGACCACGACUAUAUAAAGCUAUCCCUCCAUUAAGCUACAUGCAAGGAAGAAAGUUGUGAUUCUUAGGCUUAAGAACAGGCUGUAAUGCAGAUGGUGGGUAUUGGGGGUCGAAACCCCUCCUUACUCUAGCAAAAACAAUUUCCAAUAUAUUUUCUAGGGGAGCAUCAUCGACCCCCUCUAUGAACUUCUUUGUACAGUCUAGACUCCCCUCUGCUAACAUUCCUGCACAUGUGCCUGAAGAAGCACCAGGAUGUGCCUGUAUCAGGAUAACCAUCCAUCAUAAUAACACCCAUAGGUUUGUGAUUACUAGGCAACAAGAAGUGCCAGGAUGUGUCUGUAUUAAGCAGACAUUGUAACAAUACCAACUGUGUUAAGCUGCAGAACGAUCCAAACUGUGCCUGUAUCAAACAUCCCUCCAUCAAAAUGCAACUUGUAGAACAAUCAUGUUAGGCUGUGAAAUGCAGAUAGACCAAAAGUUGUGGUUGCAGUGCUGCAAGAUGCUCAUAGCAGUGCCUGUACAAAGUAUCCCUCCAUCGUAGAGCUGGUUGUAGGUGUAGCAAGGUUGUGUUAGGCUGUAAACCAGACAGUGCCUGUACAAAGCAUCCCUCCCAUUAUAACACUACACACAGUAGCCAAACCUUUCUUAUAAUUUUGUACGAUCUUAAUGUUAACAUUUUACAAUGUGAUAACCUUUGUCCUCAUGUUUGGUUGUGAACCUAUUUAUCUCUGGUCCUCUUCCUAUCAAAACUUUCUUUCCAUACAGUGGCCAUCUUUAAUAUUAAGAGAAUCAUUGAGGGGUUUAUUAUUGUAUAUUCAUUCCAGAUUCUCCAAAGGUUGUUAAAAAACAACUGUUUUAUCCUUUGCAUGAUUGAUGAUGUGUUAAUUGAAAAUAAAAUAAGCAUCUUUUUAUUAGAUUGGCAUAUUAUACUAAUAAUUUAGUUUAUACUAUGUAGGUACCCCAUGUAUGUUUUGUGUUAAUAUUUACAUACUUUCUGAUACAGUUCUGUGUUAAUAUGUGUAUUGUUAUACAAGUCUAAUUUGUUAUAAACGUUUAAUGGGGGAAUAGAUUGAAAAGUUUGCCUAGGUAGAGUUAAUUUUAAAAAAUGUAUAUACUUAGUAAGAUGGCAAUAAAUAUAUAUAAACAUACAAUUUGAGAAAAUUUAUCAGAAGUAUGAAUACUAAUGGUGUUAAAAUAGGUGGAACCAGGAAUUUAAAUGUUCAAGAAUAAAAUUUGAAGCAAGAAAGUUAACUAUUUCCAUUUUUUCUAAUAUUGGUUUCAUCCAAGAUAGCUGCCCCAUAAUACUUGGAUGUUUGGGUGGCUUUUCUCUUGAUGCGUGUGUAUUUUGUCUAGUCAUAAAGAACUUGUUUGUAGCAUGCUUAAUGCCUGGCAUCGCAGCCUGGUGGAAAGACUAGGACAAAGACCAGAGAUAGAACAUUUUAUGAGUGUAUCAUAUAACUACCAAGCAAUAAAUCAUUAAUAAACUAUUGAUGCUCA